CGAUGUUUCGUAUUGAAAUCUGCAGAUAACUGUGAAGUAAAUGCUUGGAAAGGUUUUUUUGGGGCAAAUAUCUUUCAUGGUGAUCAACUUCACAUCAUGGCGAAUUAUGACUAUAACAAAGGCUAUCGCUGGUUCCGUUUUGAAAAAGAUUCGGCCAUCGAUUCUUCUUUACCGCCGUUAAGCAGCUAUCGUAAUGCGAGAGAAGUAAACUCUAUUCUAUGGAUGUCCAACGCUGAACAUGUUGCGAACAACGAAAGAGGACAUGUCCACAGCGACUCCAGUGUCAUCAGCAGAACCCAUGAACCUCCUUCGCUUCACCUGCCCAUUCUUCUGACAGGUUAUGAAUCGAACACAUCACAAACAGCGCCUACUCUUAGACUACAAAAAGCUGCUGAUAUUGAAGAUGGUUGUACAGUGUACAGUCACAGAAAUACUUUGGCACUGCCUGUACCAACCCCAACUGUGUUAAUGGGAUCGGAAGCAAGCGCUGUCAGUCACCAUACUUCUGUGAGCAAACGGACACCGGUUAUUCGAGCACAUAAAGCACGGAGCAAACGUACAUCAGCACGAAAAUCAAGAUUUCAACCGAAUCUUGGAACUCAAUCAGAUCUUCAGGAUUGUCUAUUUAUUCAGAACGGUAUUCAGUGUUUUCCAGCGGGCGGUAAGGGAUUUUUGUCGCCGCAGAAAGAAAAAGACAUCAACGAUUGGAUAAAUGGAUCAAAAGCUAGCAAGGAGUAGAUUAAAUUCCCAACAGUACCAAGAGGAAUAGACUCCCCAAAAAACAAAACCUCUCUUACGAUGGAAAAUAAAGUUCAUUUCCUCGAGUUGAAGAAUUGUUACGAUUUUACCCGAGAACUGACGAGAUCGCUGUUCUCAAUAUUUAACUAUCGUAAUACGUUUUUUUCAAAGCGUAAAAGUUUUUCAGUACAGCUCAAAA